UGUGAUAGUAGUUGUGUGCUUGUGAUCUGGUAGAAAAGGCAAUAUGGCCGUCAACUGAGCGCCUGCCUCGUACGUCGCGUUAUAGCUCAGAGCAAGACAAAGAAACAACGCAGUAAUACAACGUAACUUGGGCAAUUUUCGUUCAUCAACAGUUAGAAACAUAAAUUAUUAUUUCAGUAAUAGUUUCAGUGCUCGUUGUCGUUUUGCCAACAAUUGGAAUCUCGAAUCAGUGAAAUUAAAUCUUUUUUUUUACAUUAAAAAAAAAUAUAUAAAACGAGUGAGAGGGGCAAGGUCGAGCCAAGGCAGAUUAACAAUUGAUUAUAAUGCUGGAGCUCGAAGUUGUGCCCGAAAGAUCCAUCGGUUGUGACCAGUGGGAAUUUAUUUUAGGUAUGCAUUUUUCUCAAUCUGUAUCGAUAAUACAGAGUCAAGUGGGCAUUAUUAGAGGUGUACAAGUACUUUAUAGUGAUACUAAUCCAUUAGAAGUAGAUCUAGUAAUAAAUUUACCCUACGAUGGGGUGAGACUUAUAUUCGAUCCAGUAGUUCAGAGGCUCAAAAUUAUUGAAAUAUACAACAUGAAACUUGUCAAACUGAAGUAUUGUGGUUUACCAUUCAAUUCGCCUGAAGUAUUGCCAUCAAUCGAGCAGAUUGAACACUCGUUUGGCGCCACACAUCCAGGAGUCUAUGAUAGUGAUAAACAGGUCUUUGUGCUCAAUUUCCGGGGUUUGUCAUUUUAUUUCCCAAUUGACUCGAAGUUCCAGCCUGGUUAUGCACAUGGGCUUGGGUCACUGCAAUUUCCAAAUGGUACAUCACCACUGGUAGCUAAAACUGCAAUUUACAUCGGUAGCAUGGCUGCUGGUACUGUGGGGAGUGAAGAGCAUUGUCUCAAGGCACCACCACCACCACUACCUUUGGUUUGCUACCACAAUAAUUUAUAUUUAGAAAAAGCUGAGGUUAUCAGAGACAAAGUGAGAACUCGGGGAUUGAGACUGCACCUAUUUACCGAGGGGAGCUCAGCUACGAGAGUACUGCUGGAGCCUAAAAAGCACAAUCUCACUAAAGAGGUCUGGUUUGGAGAGAGUUGCGAGGAUGUGCUGAGUGCACUGGGCGCACCUUCACGAGUUUUCUUUAAGGCUGAAGACAAAAUGAGGAUUCACAGUCCUCAUGCACAUAAAAGAGACAAGACGAGACGUUCGGAUUUCUUCUAUAAUUAUUUUACCCUGGGAAUCGACCUUCUGUUCGACGCAAAAACCCAGUGUGUUAAAAAAUUUGUACUUCACACCAAUUACCCAGGCCAUUACAAUUUCAACAUGUAUCAUCGUUGUGAAUUCACUCUGACCCUACCUCCCGAAAAUAGUCACACUGACUCUGGUAAACUCAUCGACGUCAGUCCCUCGCCAAUCACGAUCACUGCCUAUACAAAAUGGGACAAAGUAAGUGAGCAAUUGAAAGCGAGUUCGCGUCCAGUAGUGUUGAAUCGUGCGUCCUCCACAAAUACAACAAAUCCAUUUGGUUGCACCUUCUGUUACGGAAUACGUGAUGCCAUUGUCGAAGUUAUGGCUAACCAGCACAUUGCCAGUGUAACCCUCUACAUGUCGGCGUGACCCUGGUAAAUGGCUGCAUUUUUAACCAGUAAAAAUAGUGACCCUUGGUUUUUUCAAGUACGAGGGAAAAAAACAAAAAAAAUACAUAAAAUAUGAAAAUGGAAAAAAAUGUUAAUAGAGGAGUGAAUCAGAUCAGAAUAAUGCUGACACUCCUGGAGGUCCUUGGAACGGAUUAUUCGGAUGUGGGUGACAAUUUGCUUGUGAUGAUGCAGAAUUAUAAUACGUGUGACGCAAUUUUUAUUUGUAAAAGUUCUAUAGGAAGGGCACCGAGUCAAAGACAGAAAUUUCACAGCAUUUUGCAUGAAUAUUCAGAAUCGAUGGAGACGACAACAAUUGUUUGUGUUGGCAGACAUGAGACGUGUGAGUCGUUGAUUUUUAAUGAAGGAUUCAGUUCAACGUUUCGGGCCCUUGAAAAAAAUCAAUAAAAACCAUAAAAACUAUAAAAUUGACAAAAAAAGUUAAAUCGAAGUAGUUUAAGGUAAAAGUUGAUAGAUAGUAACGGGCAAUGAUCAUGAUAACUUUGAAAAAGAUAUUAAUACUGAAGACAAAGUUCAUGUGGGAGCUUUUUUUCUCCAUAAUUCUCAUCAUUUUAAAAUGUCGAUUAGAUAUUUUUAACGACCAGAAGUAGGAAUUAUUUAUGAAGAAUCAUCGUUAGGAUUUUUGUGCUAGAAUCCAUUCAUCAAAUCAUCACGAUAUUUUUUCAAUUUUUUUAAUUAGAUGAUUUUAAACCGUUGACUCUGGCUGACGUUUAGAAUUGAAUUUUUUCUUCGUAAGACAAUAAAUUCCAUAUCUUUGUGAGAUAUGAAUCGGUGAAUAAAAAAAUAGGGAAGUGAGGAAUUUUUUGUUGUUCAAAACAAUUGUGGUGAUUGUCAGAUUCGUGGCACUUGUCAAUAUAGCUGCGGAAAGAAGAGUAAAUUAAAUUAAUAUGUACAUAUCUCGAACUAAACAUAUUUGAUAAGUCGUUAAAUCCUUGCGUUCGUGUACAAUGAAAAAAAACUACAAAAUUGUAAAUAACUUGAAUGGUGAAAGUAGACAACAUUAUAAGUUUAUUGGGUUACGUCAAUGGAAUAAUUUCCUUUCUCAAUUUGUUUUAAACUCUCAAGAUAAAUUUAUAUUUUUAAAGGAUCUUCGUGUGUGUCAUGUGUUUAUGGAACACAAAGAUGUCGAUAACUAAUCAAAAAUAAAUGGAAUUACUCCAUAAACUACGGAAAAUGAGUAACUGUAUAUAUGAAUAAUUGAAAGAAAGCCAUCGUGAUCACAAUUUUUUGGUGAUAAUAUGCUCUACCAUUGUUAAAUGAUUUUACAUUUCGCGACUCGCACAAAUUUGUUGAAAAAAUUGAUCGAUUAAAAAAUCGUUCCAUGUAAAUAUUUUUAAUUUCACUGCGACAAAAAAAAAUGAGAGAAAUCACAGGUAAAAGUGAAAUAUAUUUCGUUUUCAAAAGUACACGAGAUUGAAUUACAAGUACAUCAACCAACGAAGACCAAUUUUUUAAUGACAAGUUUUUGGAAAAAGAAUGUAAAAACGUCUUUCUCUUUUUCGUUAGUUCAUUACGAAUUGAGGAAAAAACAGUGUAGAAAUGUUCAUUGAAAAUAUCUUCCCUUGCGUCACUAACUUACUGGUAUUCAAUUGAAUUAUUUCUUCAAGGAAGAAAAAUGCCUAUGAUAAUCAUGCACUGCAAAACGCACUCACACAUUUAAUUUAAUAAUAUUUGAUAAAUAAAUUAGGAGAGGAUAGCUGGAAAUAUUUGAAAAAAAAAAGUCGAGAUGAAAGGGAGUGAAUUUUGUCAUUUUCUUCGAGUCUUUCAUCCACUUUAGUGCACCUUUUGUUUCUCAAUUUUUCUGAAGGGAAUGAAUUGACAAUGUUUGUCUCAUAUUUGUUAUCCUCCUAGGUGCGUCUGUGCAGAGUUAUCCCCCCUCCCCCCUCCCUCUCCCAGCGAUGAAAGAAAUCUUACGAAUAGGAAUUUAAAAAUUUAGUUAUGAAAGUAUAAUUUAACGAAAGAUAGCAGUUGAUAACACCUUAAUGCGCGUCAACAAAAUAAAUAAUUCAAUCCAAUUUUGGAAAACGGGGUUCACCUAUAACCUUUAAUCGUCGUAGGUAUAAUUUUUUAAUGUAUAUGCGAGUAUAUGAAUAGUAUUUAAUCUUACGCAAUGUAAACGUGAUAAUGAAAAAAAUUGAUAAAAAGUUGAAAAUGAAAAAAAAAAAAUUCAGCCACGAGGGCAUUAGCAAGAGUAUAUUGCCUGUUUUAUUUCUCGUAUAUUUAUUAAAUUAAGUAAUUAAGGAGUGAAUUGAGGGGUAAAAAUUGUCGAGACAGGGGGGAAAAAAUAACGUUGAAAAAUGAACUAUUUAGUUGAGUGGUGCAAAAAGAAUAGCCGAGGCCAGAAAAUAAAUGAAAUUUUUCUACGAGACAUACAAUAGCUCCCAGUUGGGAGGGGAGAACUCAGUUCUUUAUGGUGAUUCCUUCUUUCUCAAUUGAUGAUUGACUUAUUAUUGGAGGACUCGAAUGAUUGAAUUGUUCAGAGAGUGGAGAUAAAUCAAUCGAUAUUUGUCCUUCUUUUUCUCCACUUGACUAGCGAAUUAUAAAUAAUAAAAUUAGUUAAUGUUGUCUGACCUCAUACCACUUCGCAUUGCAUACUCCUUUUGUAUGUUUACCUGAUAAAUAAAAGAUCUCAAAACUGCA